GCCGAAUGUAACACGUGCUGCUGAAGUAAUUUUUGUGCUUUUUGAAAAAUAGUAACGUAGAAAAGAUGCCUCUUGCAGUCGACUUAUUACAUCCUUCUGCCGAAAAACAGAGGCAAUCACACAAAUUGAAAAGGUUGGUUCAGCAUCCAAAUAGUUACUUUAUGGAUGUAAAGUGUCCAGGUUGCUAUGCUAUUUCCACAAUUUUCUCGCACGCCCAAUCUGCAGUUCCCUGCAAAGGUUGCUCUACCAUCCUAUGCACGUCUACUGGAGGCAAAGCGAGACUUACAGAAGGUUGCAGUUUCAGGCGUAAACAACAUUAA